AUGGCCUCCCAACUCCCUUCUAAAAUCCUCAUCAUCGGCUCCACCGGCGUCAUCGGAAAAUACAUCACCGCCGCCAUCCUCUCUGCCAAGGGAGCCUCCAUCCCCUCUCUCUCCUCCGUGUCAAUCCUAACCUCCGCUUCCACCGUAUCCAACCCCGACAAGGAAUCCCUCCUCUCCACCUGGAAAUCCAAGGGUCUCUCCGUCAUCACAGGCGACAUCCACAACGCCGACGAUGUUGGCAAAGCCUACACCGGCAUUGACACCGUAGUCUCGUGCCUGGGGCGCGGCGGACUUCUCGAGCAGAUCGAUCUGCUCAAAUGGGCCGAGGAGAGCGACAGCGUCAAGUGGUUCUUCCCGAGCGAGUACGGCACCGAUAUUGAGUAUGAUGAGAGCAGCAAUGAUGAGAAGCCGCAUCAGAAUAAGCUCAAGGUGCGCAAGUAUAUCCGUGAGAAUCUGAAGAAGGUCAAGGUUACCUACGUGGUUACCGGGCCGUAUCUGGAGAUGUAUCUCUUCAAAAAGCCAGGGCUGGAUGUCGCGGGCGGGUUUGAUGCCGGGAAGAAGGAUGCGGUGCUUGUGGGAGAUGGGGAGGGCAAGAUUGGGGUUACUACUAUGCCUGAUGUUGGCAAGUUGGUGGCUGCUGCUCUUGCGCAUCCCGAGGCAUCGCAGGACAAGAUCCUCAAGGUACAGUCUUUCGUUACGACUCCCAAGGAGAUCUUGGCCGAGUUCCAGAAGCAGACGGGCGUGCAGUUCAAGGUGGAUUACACGCCCAUUGACAAAUUGGAGGAGGCGGAGCAGAAGUUGUGGGCUGAGGGGAAUCCCGCUGCGGCCUUGUUGACGCUGAGGCGGAUUUGGGCGAGUGGGAAGACGUUGUAUGAGAAGACGGAUAAUGAGGUCAUCGGACUGAAGCCGGAGGAUAUGGAAACGCUUGACUUCGUUGUGAAGAAGGCGAUCAACGGCGAGGGGUGGUAA